AUGAGCGACGCGAAGCACCACGUAGGUCACCGCACGAAACGCGAUACACUAGGCACCGACGCGCCGCUGGUAGUGAUCCUGAUCCAAGCGAUUCAAGUAGCGACGAAGGGAGCGACUCUACUGCCCGCAGACGUCAACCUUCGCAACGCCGUCGCGCGCAAUCGCGGGAGCCACAGAAGGUCUCAAGAUGGACGUUGUACCGACAUGGGACGGCGAUACCGCCACGCUCGCGCGAUGGAUCAUUCGCGUCAACUCCAUAGCUAA